AUGGGCUCCACGAUGGAUCCGCUGGACCCGACUUCAAGAUCGCGGUGUCGUCCAACCAUCGGUCCUACCAACGAUCUUCAGACGUGUCUCGCCACACUCGAUCACCUCAUAACGAAGUCUACGACCCUUACGACCCAAUUCCCUUUACGACCUCUGCCCGGCAGCGCCAGCAGCCCACCGUCCAUCCUGUCCGUCCCUCUUCCCUCCCAAUCAGCGGACCACCGUCCUUCGUCCGCCUCCAGCUCCCACCGAACAUUACGUCGAGUCCGCCGUCAGCACGAAGGUCAAUUGCCUCAUCGCCGGGCCUUCUCCCAGGAUAUCCCCGGUCCACGGCCGCCGCAAUCCCAGGCGGCGCAUUCACGACGUGCCACCCCGCAAGUAGACCAUUCACUCCCCAACGUUCCCCCGGCUGCAUCUGAGCCCCAAACCGACGAGAACGGAUCGACCGUCGACGACCCUUACCAACUCCUCCAUACCUCUUACUGGCCGGAAAGAACCACCAGAGUUUCAUCGCGCACCGCGUCGGCAAUCCUCUUUGCGCUCGAGGACGCCAUCCGCCGUCCGAUUCCUUUCACCGUCGACUGGGACGAAGUGAAUUCGCCUAUGUCAGAGAUGGUAGGCGUUGCUGGUCCCGCUGGGCCUGUAGGCAAUGGUCGCGUUCAAAAUGGCCCUCGUCCGCCCCCAGUCCCUGCAUCAGCUGGCGCACGCGCACCAAGCGGUGUGCGCACACCGACCGAGAUCAUGAGAUCGCGACGGGAUCGCGAAGCUCGACAGAAGGCUGAGCAAGAGGCACGCGAGCGGGAGCAGGAGGAAUUAGAGAGACAACAGGCCGAGCAAGAGCAGCUAGCAAUAGCCCAAGCUCAGUCUCAGCAAUACGCUGCUGGUGCUGCCGGCGAUCCAGCUACCCAGCGCCGAGCCCGGGCUCAGCGAGUAGCCAGGGGUUCAGAAACUCAAUUAGAGCCACUGAACACUGCUCCCGCAUCGGGAGGCCUCCGUCCCUCCCCGGCGGCCCAGCCUUACCAGGGGCCUUCUGACGCCUCGACCCAACCGAUUCCAAAUCCAUCAACAGGGCAGCACCCAAUGGGUUCUUCCGCUCAUUUGACACAGGGCCAGGCACCGACUGCAUCCGGGACGGCGGGCCCUUCAGCUGCUGCGGGUAUCUCUAAAGCCCAAGCACCUCAGACCACUCAACCAGACACCUCGCUCCAGCAGCCUCGGCGCGCAACAUUCCCCCAUGCUUUCGAGCGAUGGGAAACCCUGUCAUCGCACUGGGAGGGCCUUACGAGCUAUUGGAUCCGCAAGCUGGAACAGAACAAUGACGAUCUUGAGAAAGACCCGCUCAGUCAGCAGCUUGCUCGACAAAUCACCGAUCUUUCUGCAGCCGGCGCAAAUCUCUUCCACGCGGUGGUGGAGUUGCAACGCUUGCGGGCUUCUUCCGAGCGGAAGUUCCAGCGUUGGUUUUUUGAUACGCGCGCUGAACAAGAACGCGCCAAGGAGUUGCAAGCCGACCUCGAGCGUCAGCUCCAAACCGAACGCCAGGGCCGCGCCGAUGCUUUCGCGGCAGCUCAGGCAGCCGAGAAGGAUAAACUUCGCACAGAGGAGCUGCUCCGCGAAAUGCGCAGAGAGCUCCAGAUUUCUAAGGAUGAAGCUCGCCGUGCAUGGGAAGAGCUGGGACGACGCGAGCAAGAGGAGCGGGAUCGGACCAACUCCCUUCGCAACGGCGAGCCAACUCUGGUCGGGGGCGUCCAGGUUGUCCCCAUGAUCCAGGGCCUCCCCAGUCGCAACACUCGACCACCAACUCGCGAGGGGCCAUACCCAGGGGGUCCCACCGCCACUAGUAUGGGUGCUGAGUACCAUGGUAAAGGUCCUGAUCCGAAUGCCCGCACCUACUACGAUGAAGGCCCCGCAAUGUCCCCAACUGGCUCCGAUCCUUUCAUCGAGGAGCGCCAGAAUUCGUCUCGAUCCGAUAUCCCUACCAGCAAACCGCCUUACAGUUCUGCACCUCAUGAGCCCAGCACUACGGCAGCCUCUUAUCCUACCCACACCGCGGAGCAAGACGAUCUGCAUUCUUACGUCGGAAGCAGCGAAGCCGGCGAGGAUGAGUACCCUGGCUUCCACCCCGAUCCCCAGGGCCAAGGCUAUGGCUAUGCUGCUCCUCCUCGCUCUGAGGCCAGCGAUGACUAUGAACACUCACCUGUCCAUGAUCACCACUACACCUCGGAAGCCCCGUUCACUGGUACUUCUACUGCGCCCGUCCAUGCCCCAUACCCUCCCACAACGGCUGACUACAGCGGUUCCGACUGGGGCCCUGAAACUGGUUGGGAGUCCAUGACCCCCCCGUCACAGACACCCCACCCGACUGAGCGAUGUACUCGAAGAAGACGAGCCGAGUCGUACCAGUCCCAGCCGGGCCAGCCAGGCGAGCCGAAGCAUCCUUUAGGACAUGCAAGUGAUGGAAGGGCCAGGAGAGCAGACUCAGUCCACAUUCUAAUUUUGUCGCGGCUCUCGAUUUCAGGAACGGAUGAUGCGGACACAGAUUAA